AUGGAAGCUCUUGAAACUACGAUUGGUUAUUGGGAAGAUGCACUGUCGGCAUAUGGCGCGAAAACAGCCGAUAAUUUGUCUUUGGCCGUUACAAAUGUUGAAGAUGCCGAAUUUUCCAGAGAAUUGCAAAAAUUAUUGGAUGCCGCGUACAAUUUGCAAGAAGAAAGUGAAUUAUUAUUUUUAGAUCAGAGAUCAGUGUUAUUUAGAACUGAAAGCUCCAAUAAAUUGCAUAGCGAAAGUGGAGAAAUUGAAAGUAGAAUAUCAUUAUCAUGUGCAGAAUCAUUUGUAUCAGCUCAAGAUGAAAUAGCCGACCUGGAAGAUUUUGAAGAGUUUUCAGAUGUUUUUUCCGAUUUUUCCAACCUUCCACUUUAUCAAUCAGCUAUACAACAAUUAGAAACAUCGGGUAUUCCAUUUAGAUGUUUGCGAACUGAAAUGGUUCACUGUGCCAACGAUAUAGAAUACCUGGGAAAACUUCAUUGCAUACGUUUAGCAUUUAGAUAUAUAUUCAAAGACCAAUCAAUGUGGUUGUGGUUUGCCGAUUCAGGUCGUCAAGUAUUAACUGAUUUGAUAUUGUAUGCUGAUAAAGAUCCAAAAGAAUUUUUAAUUGCGUACGAAGACAUGUUGGGUUAUUUGCAAAAUAAAAAAAAUUGGCAAGAUUUUGAAACUGAAUUGUUUGCUAAAGAAGUUAAAGCUCUGACAUUUUAUGAUGUUGUUUUGGAUUACAUAUUGAUGGACGCAUUUGAAGAUUUGGCAUCACCUCCGUCUUCAGUUACCGCUGUUGUUCAAAAUAGAUGGUUAUCUAAUGGUUUUAAAGAAACGGCUCUGACCACAGCCGUAUGGUCUGUUUUAAAAGCCAAGAGAAAGAUGUUAAAAUUUCCAGGGGGAUUCAUGUCUCAUUUUUACGCAAUUUCAGAGCAAAUGUCUCCACUAAUGGCUUGGGGAUUUUUAGGCCCCGAUGAAAAAUUGAAAGAAACUUGUUUUUAUUUUAAGCACGAAGUAAUGGCAUUUUUAAUUGAUAUAUUCAGUUUUCAAAAAACUCGUUACACUAUCGUUGAAGAAUUAGCCGAAGAUAUAUUUAAGCACAUUCAAUAUCGAAUGAAUAAUAUUAUUGAAAAAUUAUCUCAAACGAGUUAUUGUACUCUAAGUUUUACUGUUAUACCAAAUCUAGAAUUACUAUUUAAUUUAAGCCUGACAUGA